GGUUCAUAUCUUCUUUACUUGAUUUACUUUCGACUUGGAUGUGAAAAUAGUGACCACUUAUUGCGAUGAUUUGAUGUGUUAACCGUAAAAAUACUCAGAACUUUUCACAUUUUAAUUUAUCAAUAAAACACAAUGGCUGACGAAGAAAUAAACGGAGAUACAGACGAUAUUCAGCACGACAAAGACAAGACCCAAAAGAAAACUGCGAAACAUGAUAGUGGAGUUGCAGACCUAGAAAAAGUGACUGAUUAUGCUGAAGAAAAAGAAAUUUCCUCACAGGAUAUAUCUGGCGCUCUUUCUUUAAUCGGCGACAGGAGGAACAAAGAGGCAGCGGAACGUCUUGAAAAAGAGAAAGAACUACAAAAAGUGUCAGUUAAAAAGGAUGACAUAGAAUUAAUUGUAAAGGAAAUGGAAAUCUCCCGGACGCUAGCAGAAAGAACAUUACGGGAGCACAGAGGUGAUGUGGUGGCGGCUUUAACAACACUUACAAACUAGCGCCACUAUUGAGAAACUACUGAAAACCAAAACAAGUCAUUUUACCAUGUUCAACAACUGUUACUUAUUGAAUGAAAAUAGUCUUUUCUAUCUUGCAAUUUGAUUUUUAUUGUAACAUAAUAAUUGGUUGAAUCUGCAGUACAAUAGUACUCCACCAGUGUGCGGCACAGUGGCACAAGCAUUUUUGUACCGAAUAUGCUUGUGCCGCACAAUGCCACGCUGGUGAAAUUCCGCUUUUAUAACAGCAAACUGUUAUUGAAUAAAAAUAGACUUUUCUAUCUUGCAA